AUGUUAAAAAGGGGACAGCAUGUCCUACUUGUGGUAAUGUCAAGUAGGAAUCAAGGUGGUGGUAAACUGAACCUUAGCUAUGGCGAAAUAAAUUGGAGAUUUUGUAUGAGGAUGAACACACCAGUGCGGUAUAUGCUUAGUUCUUGUCACUUUUCAGUCCCGUGGUUUGUCGCACUUUUUGGCCAUCUAAAUGGUGCAACUAGAGCCUCGGUUUUCUUCAGCCGACGAGAACCGAGCACCGACGUAGUCAGCUUCAGUUCUUGUGGACCAAUCCUGCUACAUUACAAUUGCCGUCACCAGACGUUUCCAGAAGAGCACGAACAAUAUAAUUUCUCCAGUCACAUUUAUUCUGUCGCGGCUAGAGUAAUAUUCCUUGAAUCUCAAGGUUCAAUAGCUUUAGCUGACACUCAAUGA